AUGUCCUUGAAAGCUUGGUUGGGAAUCGACAAAUUGCAAAAAUUCCAACAAAUUGUUAAGGAGAUUGGUGGAGUUCGAGCGGUUCUUCGCAAGCGAUAUUUGUGAGUUGGACAUUUUUGUAAUUUCUAAAAUAUCUUUCAAAAAAAAGUGGUCUAGAGUUAGCCCAAGUCAUUUUUUGCCACGUAUGUUUAUAAAAAAUCCCUGAUGAAAAAUAUAGUCAAAUUAGGCCAGUUUUUGAAAAUUUCUGAUUUUCGAAAAAAAUGUUUUUUAAACAUCGAAAGGUCAGGUCAAUUCACGAAAAGUCAAAAAUUGUCGAAAAAACAUUGUAGGUCAGAAUUAGUUUUUCGAGUUUUUCAGCCAAAAAUGAUGACAAAUCGAUAUUUUUCAAGCUUCUGGAGUAAUUUCUGAUUGAAAAUGACCUUGGAAUUCACUUUCCAGAAAAAGCAAAAUAGGGUUCUCAGAGCUUAUUUUCAUCAGAAAUUACUCCAGAAGCUUGAAAAAUAUUGAUUUGGAAUCAUUUUUGGCUGAAAAACCUUGAAAAACUAAUUUUGACCUACAAUGUUUUUUGGACAUUUUUUGACUUUUCGUGAAUCGAUCUUUCAAUGUUAAAAAACAUUUUUUCGUUCGUGAAUCAGCCCUUUUGCAUCAUUAUCAAGCCAAAUUUCAAGAUUUCAGGCUGAAAUUGAUUGGAAUUCAUUAAGUGAGCAUUUAUUUAGUACUGUCCAAAGAAAAUUCUAUUUUUUUGGGUCAAAAUUUGUAAAUCUGGAAGCUUUUCCAGUUUUACAAAUGCAUUUUAUCAAGCCAAAUUUCAAGAUUUUUGGCCUAAAUUGAUUGAAAUUCAGGCUUGUGCCGGAAAUUUUCCGAAUUUCCGGAUUUUCCGGUUUUUUCGAGGAAAAAUCAAUUUUCCAGUUUACCGGAAAAUGAAUUUUAGUAGUAAUAUCUUCAAUAUUGCCUAAAUUUUGGGAAAAUUUCUCAUUUUGUGAUGAAAAAAAAAUGAAAUUUUUGGAAUUUUUCAAAUUUUACCAUUUUUUGAACGUAAAACGUCUCAAAUAGUUACUAAAUUACCUGUGAAUAGAAGAAUUGUAGUUAAAAUAAGUUUUAGACCUUGAAAAAUUUUCCGGAUUUUUUUAAAAUAGAGCUCAAAAUAUUCAAAAUUGUAGGGAUUUUGAAAAUUAUCCGUUUCAAAAAAUCUUGAUUUCUAGGAUGGAUGUAACCCGUGUCGGAACAUUGGUCGGCAACGACAAAUACGGCAAUCGUUACUACGAGAAUAACGAGUAUUUCGUUCCCCGAAAUCGUUGGGUCGAAUUCCCCGACAAAGUCUGGUUGGACUACGACGCGUCGCAAGUUCCGCCAGAAUGGCACUCGUGGCUUCAUCACAUCACCGACUCGCCACCAACUGUUCAAGAACCAUUGACCCAAAAAUUCUCGUUGGAUCACAAAGAGAAUACCAGCAUUUAUGCGGAUAAGAAAUAUAUUCCAUAUUCGACAACUCGAACCAAAGUUCAAGCAUGGACACCAGGACAAAAACCAAAUUUUGAUUAA